AUGGACAAAAACAAGAACCGUACAGAUCUGCUUGCAGCUGGUCGUAAAAGGCUUCAGCAAUUUCGUCAGAAGAAGGAUGUCAAAGGCAGCAGUAGUAAUGCCAAAUCUGAGAAAAAAACUGGCAAAGCUGAAUCCCGUGAAGCUGAUGCUGAUACGACAUCUAAGGAGCCUGAAUCAGCAGGACUACGACAGGUUCUUGAAGAUGUAAAUAUGUCUCAUCUGGAUUCAAAUUCAGGAAGUUUGGACACUUUGCAGAAUUCAGUUGCUACAACUGAUGACGUUGCGGAUGUCAGUCAGUCAGCAAUGUCUCCAGAACUUGAAUCUGUUAAAGAUAGGAUGUUUCCUGCUCAUACAUCUGAGUUGUCUGCUCAGGAUGUGAGAUCUCUUGAUAAUGCUAAUGAUCAUGCAGAGUCCAACAAGAGCACAAUUGCGGCUAUUGAGGCAAGUUCUACGUCUGUGGUGAUUUCAGAAACUCAAGAUCCUAACAUUGAAAGUGUCAGUACAGCUAGCACUGAUGUUACAAAUGAAACAAAUAUGACGCACAGGGAAGAGAAAAAGGAUUUGGUGCAAUCAGAAGAAGGUGCUUCCUUUGUGCCUUUGGUGCCUGAAGGUGAACUUCAGGCAACCGAUGUAGAUGCUGUUACAAAUGAAAAAUUUAUGACUCCUAGGGAAGAUAAUGAGGAAUCAGCACAAUCAGAAGACGGUGCUUCCACUGUGCCUUCGGUACUUGAAGGUGAACUUCAGGUAACCGAUGCAGAUGCUCAUACAACUGAACAAAAUAUGACUCGUAGGAAAGAGAACAAGGAGUUAGUGCAAUCAGAAGAAGGUGGUUCAACAGUGCCUUUAGUGCUUGAAGGGGAACCUCAGAUAACCAAUGUAGGUGUCUCCACAACUGAAGAAUUUAUGAUGCACGGGGAAGAGAAUAAGGAAUCACUGGAAUCAGCAGAAGUUUCUUCCACUGUGCCUUUGGUCCUUGAUUGGGAACCUCAGGUAACCGAUGUAGGGGCAAUGCAGGAAGCUCAUGGGUUGGUCUCAAGACAACUUGAUACUAGUUAUGUGUCAAAUCCUAAAAGUGACGAGCAACAUAGUUCAUCUGACUGCAGUGUACCUGAUGAAACUGUAAAAGGGGAAGCUGGGAUGGAUGUUUGUAUAGAGCAAGCUGCUAUCCAGUCAGAAAAGAUUGACGCUGAUGCGUCCGCACAAACUUCCAGAAUGGAAAAGUCAGAUGGACUCAUGCAGUCUGUUUUCCCUGCCUCUGAAGAAGAUGGUACCUCCAGUGCUUCUAAGGAGCCAAUGACUCAAGAGGUAGUCACUGUAGAGGCUUCAUCUGUCAUCGACACGAUAGAAAUGCAUUCUGAAUCUGAUAAUCACAGCAAAGAGCAUGAUGUAUCUGAAAGUGAAAAAGAGAAGUCCAUGGGGUUUGUGAACGAAAGGAGUGACCAGCUUCCACCUGAUGGAGCUAUAAGGCUAUCUGAAUCUGCCCCGACCCCGAUCAAUUUGGUGCAACUUAUCGAGGUGACGAAGGGGCUUAGUAAAGAUGAUUUUGGCUUAUUAAUCAAGUCAAGAGGUUCAGUAUCUGAAGUGGAGUUAGAUAAUGAUAUUUUGAGAGCACCACAACCUGGCUAUCAUGCUUUGCUGGAGAAACUCUGCGAAGAGUUGUUUGUUGCCAGUUGCACUAGUGAUAUCGUUCACCUGCAACUUUCGGAGCAGCUUGAUUUGCAAAAUGAAAACGACCGCCGAUCUUUGCAAUUGGUUGAAGAAAUUUCAAGGAUGAGGGACUCUCUCAAGGAAGCUCAUGCUAAGAAUGACAGCCUUGUUCAGGAGCUCUCAGCUUGUAGGUCUGACCUCAAUGAUGCUGUUGGCAGUAAGGAAGAGCUUCAAAGUCGAUUAGAAGCAUCCAAGGCAGAGGUUGAUGAAGUUUCUGCAAGGGCCUAUGAAUUGCAAAAUAAUCUGGAAAGCUCACAAUCAAAUUUAUCAAGUGUUUCCAAGGAGUUGGCUCAUUUGAAGGACUUGGUGGAAUCACUGAAAGUAGAAAGCAACGAGUUAAAUGAAUCUCUUGCUUCAGCUACCGAUGAGAGGAGGAGUCUAAGGGACGAAAAAGAAUUCUUUCUUCAGGAGAAUGCUAAGCUGUUGAAGGAGUUAGACGUGUCCAAGAACGUGAUUACUGCUUUGAAUGUAGAAAUUUCUGAAUUGAGUGGUAAUCUUGUUUCUGUGGCAGAUGAGAAAAAGAAGCUUGAAGAAGAGAGGGGGCGCUUGGUGGAUGCCUUAAGGGUGGAAAACACAGACUUAAAUGAGAACCUUGUGCUGUUAAAAGAGCAGCACAAGAAAUUAGAAGCUGAGAACGUGCAUCUGGUUCACGAAAAUGAGCAACUUCGCUCUGAGGUUCUUGGGCUCCAUGAGACGUUGUCAAAUAAUCAGGCGGAACACGUGCACUUGAAAGCUGAAAUGCAAGAAACGGCCUUCCGCCUUGAACAACUAGCGACAGAAAACAUGAGUCUUCAUAGUAGUUUGGAUGUAUAUAAAGCAAAGGUAGCAGAAGUUGGUGACAUGCAAGUCCAAAAAUCCCCCCUAGAUGGGGUUGCUAUUUUUGAAGGUGGAUCUGUGAUGGUUGAGCGCACUGAUUUUAAUGAUGCUACCGAGGAUGAACAUCUGCACUCUUAUUGCAAGCAAGACGGAAUGAAGCCUAUUUCUGAUGUCCUUGUAGAAAGCUCACCGGCUGAACUACUUGAACUUGCAGCCCCUGAUAAUACUCGGGGGUUAGUUUCCUUCAAUGCACACUUGGAAGAAGCAGAGAAAACGUUGCAACUAUUUGAAAAUGAAAUUGAACUGAUUCACCACCAUUUAACAUCCUCAAGUAAAUUUGGUGGUAAUGAGGCUACUCCAGCAGUUUCAAAGCUGAUCCAAGCUUUUGAGUCAAAGUCACAGCAUGAAGAACAAGAGUCGGAGGAUAACAUUAUUACUCUGAGUCAGUCAGCAGAUCCUUUUGUAUCAAGCAAAAAGUUUGCAGGAAGUUUGAAGGCGGUGUUGAAGCAAUUGUCUCUGGAUGCUGAACAUGCUACCUCAGCUUACAAGCGAGAGCAAGAUGAUCUGACUGCUGCUAAUGCAACAGUGAGGGACCUCAAGCUCCAAGUUGAAGCUAUGGCAGAUCAGUAUGACAAUUUGGAAAUGACCAAUAUUGAGCAUGAGGUUCUUCAUGAAGCUUUUAAGCUACAUAUGAGUUCGAUCGAAGAGAAGAAUGUUGAACUUGAAGUUGUGUGUGAAAAAUUGAGGGUGGAGGAUAGCAGUCUCAAAACACACAGCUCUGAGCUUCACCAAAAACUUAACCUUUACCAGAAGAGAAUUGAAGAACUUCAGAUUCAGUUGCAUGAGUUACAGAAAAUCUCAAAUGAAGUGGUCUCUGGGCUACCUUAUCAAUUGGAAAGCUUCCAGAAGGAUAUAGCUGAGUGGGUUUUGAAACUUGAGCAAGAAUGGAAAUUCACCUUUUCUCAGAUUGUUGAAGCAGUUGAGAGACUUGGUAACUCUGUUGGAGUGGAGCAAACAUCCAGAGUGUCAGCUGACAGGCAUGGGUCCAUGGAUAUAACUGGUUGGCUUGUUUCUUCUGUUGAUGCUACUGUGAAAAUGACCCGGCGAUUGAAGGAAGAAACAGAGGUUGCCACUGCUGAUAGGGAAGCCACAUUCAAAAUGUUCUCCGAAGCAAACGAGAAGUAUGAUGAACUGUUUGGGAAAAGCAAAUGGGCGAAUGAUAUGCUGUGCAAGUUGUAUUAUGAACUAAAGAAACUUCUUUCAGAUUCGGUGCUUGCGGUACCGGAAACGGAGGAAAUUGUACAUAAUGAGGAAUUGCUUGACCACAUACAUUAUGAUAGUUAUCAAGGCCUUCUGGAGGAACUGCAGAACUGUCUGGAUCAGAGGCGGCGACUUCUUGCUGUCAAUGAAGAACUCAGUUUGGACUUGUUGAAUAAAACAAAAGAUAUUGAGAACCUCAGCAGGCAAUGUGGUGACUUGAGUUCCAUCGAGAAACUUAUUGGAGAUCUUGAAGGUGUAGUGAGACAGAAAGAUGCUAGCAUUGACUCAGAAAUUGGUGCUGUUUCUCGUCUGGAGUCACUGGUUCAUGUCCUUGCUCAUAAAAAAGACGCUGAUGAGCUGGGUUCCUUAUCUAGAGAUCAACAGUUGAUGGAGAUGGCAGAACUUCAGGAUAAGAUAUCUCAGUUAAGUUCAUUGAAACUUGAGCAUGAAAACGAGAUCCUUAGUCUGGAAGAGCAACUAAGCCAAUCCAAGGAAGCUCUUAAUGCUGCCCAUUGCGACUUGCAGGAAAAAGCAAAGGAACUUGAACAGUCAGAGCAGAGGGUGUCCUCUGUUAGAGAGAAGCUUAGCAUGGCUGUCGCCAAGGGUAAAGGAUUGGUUGUCCAGCGAGAUGGCCUCAAGCAGUCCCUGGCAGAGACAUCUAGUGAGCUGGAGAGAUGCUCGCAGGAGUUAGAGUUGAAGGAUAUUAAACUGCACGAGUUAGAAAUGGAACUAAAGACUUAUUCAGAGGCUGGUGAGCGUGCAGAAGCUCUAGAAUCAGAGCUUUCAUACAUCCGUAACUCGGCCACUGCAAUUAGAGAAUCCUUCCUGCUCAAGGACUCUGUGCUGCAGAGGAUAGAAGAGAUACUGGAAGAUCUUGAUCUGCCCGAGCAUUUUCACUCGAGGGAUAUAAUUGACAAGGUUGAAUGGUUAGCCCGAUCUGUGGAUGGAAAUUCUGUUCCUCUACCAGAUUGGGAGCAAAAGAGUUCUGUGGGUGCUUCCCAUUCUGAUACAGGACGCUUUGUUCCAACAGAAGCCUGGAAGGAGGAGGUUCAGAUGGGCUCAAGCUCUGUGGAUGACUUGAGAAGAAAAUGUGAGGAGCUUCAAGGGAAGUUUUAUGGGUUGGCUGAACAGAAUGAGAUGCUGGAGCAAUCAUUAAUGGAAAGGAACCAGAUGGUGCAGAGAUGGGAGGAACUGUUGGACAGGAUCAACUUGCCAUCGUCCUUGAGAUCAUUUGAACCCGAGGAUAAAAUUGAGUGGAUAGGGAAUGCACUUUUGGAAGCUAACCAGGAUAGGAAUUCUUUGCGCCAGAAGGUCGAUACCCUUGAGAGCAGUUGUGGUUCUCUAACUGCAGAUUUGGAAGAUUCAAACAUGCGGAUAACAUACCUUGCUGCUGAUUUAGAGGGGCUGCAGAAGAAAAUCUCUGUUCUGGAAACAGAUCUCCAAGCAUCUAUUCACGAGAGGGAUAAUCUCUCCAAAGAAUUGGCAGCCUUGACUCAUGAUAAUGACGACUUUUCGGUAAAGGCCGCCAAGUUUGAACUCGAUAGAGAAAAAUGGCAAGAUGAAGUAACUGUUUUGCGGGAGAAAUUGGUUGAGAAAGAAGGGUACCAGUAUCAAGUUGGGCAUAUUAAUGGUGAGAUUAUUAGACUUCAAGAAAUUAUCUGCAACACAUUGCAGGAUCCUGGUGCAAAAGAUUUGGUUGGUGUAGGUAGCGGUACAGAGUGCUUGGAGGGGCUACUGAUGAAACUUAUAGAGAGUUUGCCCACUGGGGUUGCAACUGAAGAAGAACAGCAUACUGAAGGAGCUGUUGCAAGCUUUGUUGAAGGGAGAACUAGGGAUGCAGAAGCUACUGAGCAGUUGGAUGUUGUCCAUCUAGAGCCAGGUACUGGGGAUGAUCCUGAGGACUCAAGCUGGGAUGCUCUAAAGAAAGAGCUGGAUGAAACUUCUAACGAACUGGGUCAGGUGAAGGAAGAAAGAGAUGAGUAUAAACGAAAGCAAGCAUCAUUGAUUUCUGAAGUUGAAGCUCUUGACAAAAAGAGGACGGAGUUGCAAGACCUACUGACGCAGGAAGAGCAGAAAUGCGCAUCUGCUAAAGAGAAGUUAAACAUCGCAGUCAGAAAGGGGAAAUCCUUGGUGCAACAGCGGGAUUCUCUGAAACAAACCAUAGAGGAGUUGAAUAUCGAGUUGGAGCACUUAAAAGCUGAGAUUAAACAGAAGGAGAGCACUCUUGUGAACUAUGAACAGAAGAUAACAGACUUAUCAUCUACUUACUCUGAGCGGGUAGAGGCCCUUGAAUCGGAGACUUUGUUCUUCCAGAAUCGUUCGGCUGAAACUGAGCACCUUUUACAUGAAAGGGAACAAAACUUGGCGAGGGUUGUGGAUAGUCUCAGCAGCAUUGAUCUUGGUGAUGAAGUGGCUAACACUAGUAGUCCAUUUGAGAAGUUGGAGCACGUAAGGAAACUGUAUCAAGAUAUGCAUGCUGCUCUUGCUUCCUCAGAGCAGGAGUCUGCUAAAUCUAGAAGAGCAUCAGAGCUUCUGCUUGCAGAACUGAAUGAGGUUCAAGAGAGGAAUGAUGUCCUUCAAGAAGAGCUAUCAAAGGUUAACUUUGAGCUUUCAGAGCUGUCUACGUCCAGAGAUCUAGCUGAGACCGCCAAGUUUGAAGCUGUAUCACGUAUCCAAGAGUUAUCCACAUUACAGUCUGAGAAGAAAAAGAAGCAAAAUGCUGAACUCAUGGUUUUGAUAUCUUACUCUGCUCAACUCAGGAAGAUCUUCUCUGAUAUCAAUAAUCUAAUUGUUGGUUUUCUGACCAAGGAUUUAGAGUUUAUUCAAAAUCUUGAGGCUGGUAUGGUGUCAUUACUACAAAAAACAGAAGUCAAUGAUUUGUCUCAGUUGUCAUUCAUCAUUAAUUCUGACAAGGACAAGACUCUAGCUGUGGAGCCUUUUUCAGAAGCCAUCAUGCAAGACCAUUUUGAUGAUGAGAUUGCUAUUCCUGGAGUUUGUAGUUUGGUACAAGAAUGCAUGAAUGGAAUGGUAGCUCUCAAAAUUUUCUUGAAGGACCACUCUCUUGCAGCACAUGAGCAAGCCGACAAAUUGUGCAAACGGAUCCAUGCUGUUCAAAUGGAAAUAAGUCAUAAUAGAGAUUCUUCUCAAACUUUGAAGAGAGAUGUUGAAUACCUAGAGUCAUUUGUAAAACAGAAGGAAAGUGAAGCUGAUGCAUUGCACAGGAAUCUUCUUAUCCUUUAUGAAACAUGCCUCAGUUCACUGAAGGAAAUAGGAAAUAGGAAAGCUGAAAUUGUUGACAGGACUUCAGCUCCUGGAAAUUUGACGGAUCAAGAACUUCUAGAUGUUGGUGGGCUUCCUGUAAGUGGGAAGAUUAAUUCUUUGUCAGAGGAGCAUAUCAGGAGUGUAGCAGAGAGAAUGAUGAGCGCCGUGAAGGACUUCAUCAGUCUCAAUAGUGGAACUUUUGAGGGUGAUAGAAAGGAAAUGAGGACGACCAUAACAAGCUUGCAGAGAGAGCUUCAAGAGAAGGAUAUUCAGAGAGAGAGGAUAUGCAUGGAACUUGCUGGCCAAAUUAAGGAAGCAGAAGCUGUUGCAACCAGAUACUCUCUGGAUCUUCAAUCCUCCAAAGCUCGUCUAAUAGAUCUGGAGAAACAGGUAGAGCUUGCAAUGGAAGAGCGAAAUUCGUUGGAACAGCAGCAAGCAAAUGAAAUUGAAGAUGAACGGAAAAUUUCAACCGAGUUGCAUGAGAAGAUCAGAUUACUAUCUGAUACAGUUGUUGCGAAAGACCAAGAAAUAGAAGCACUAACCCAAGCUCUCGAUGAAGAGGAGGCUCAGAUGGAAGAUUUAACACACAAGUGUGAGGAACAGGAAAAAGCUUUGCAGCAAAAGAAUUUUGAUAUUGAGAAUCUUGAAUCCUCUCGUGGGAAGGUCUUGAAGAAGCUUUCAAUAACUAUGAGCAAGUUUGACGAGCUUCAUCAAUUCUCUGAAGGUCUACUUGCCGAGAUAGAAAAGCUUCAGUCUCAGUUGCAAGAUCGUGAUGGUGAGAUCUCAUUUCUAAGGCAAGAGGUCACUAGAUGUACCAACGAAGUUCUUGUUGCAUCUCAGAUGAGCGACAAAAGAAAUGUGGAUGAUGAGAUUCAUCAGUUAUUCCUUUGGCUGGACAAUCUGGUUCCUCAAAUUAGUAAGGAAGAUGUGAAUGUUGGUGACAAUUUCGGGGUUCAUGAGUACAAAGAAGUAAUUCAGAAGAAGAUUGCUUCUGUUGUGUCGGAACUGGAGAAUCAACGGGUAGCUGCUCAGUCGAGGGAUUCUUUACUGCAGUUAGAGCGGAAUAAAGUUGAGGAUUUACUGCAGAGGGAAGAAGUUCUGGAAAAAUCAUUACAUGAGAAAGAAUCCCAGUUAAAUAUGCUUGAAGGUGGUGGAGAUGUUAGAGGGUCAAAUGGUUCUGCCUCUGAGAUUCUUGAAACUGAACCAUUGAUAAACAAAUGGACGGUGGCUGGGCCAUCUACUACUUCUCAAGUUCGAAGCUUGCGGAAAGCAAACAACGAUCAAGUCGCUAUUGCUAUAGAUAUGGAUCAAGGAGGCAGUGGUCGAUUAGAAGAUGAAGAUGACGAUAAAGUUCACGGUUUCAAGUCGCUUACAACAUCUAGGAUCGUUCCCAGAUUCACGAGGCCCGUCUCUGACACGAUUGAUGGUCUAUGGGUUUCGUGUGAUCGAGCUCUCAUGCGGCAACCUGCCUUCCGGCUUGGGAUCAUGAUGUACUGGGCUGUAAUGCAUGUUCUACUCGCAGCUUUCAUUUUCUAA